AUGGUGGCAGGAUACGCAACCGGUCAGGAAUCCCGCGCCAUUGAAGAGGUUGUCGUCACCGCUACCAAACGCGCAGUGCCCAUGCAGGACAUUCCUGUUGCGGUGCAGGCAUUGACCGAACAAGCCAUGGACGACCUGGGCAUCACUAACUUCGAGACUUAUCUGGUCCAGCUGCCGGGUGUUACCGCUGGUGGCAGUGGCCCGGGCCAGAAUACGAUUUAUAUUCGAGGCAUCGCCUCAACAACGCCCAACCUCACAACCGCGGGUGUUGCCGGUCUGGCACCUAAUGUUGCGUUCUAUCUGGACGAACAGCCGCUGUCUCAACCCGGACGCAACCUGGACGUCUACACCGCUGAUAUGAACCGGAUAGAGGUGCUGUCCGGCCCCCAGGGCACCCUGUUCGGCGCCAGCUCGCAGGCGGGCAACGUGCGCCUGAUCACCAACAAACCCGAUCCAACCGGCUCCUACGGCAGCGUUGAUUUGGGCACGUCUUUCACCAAAGGUGGCGAUCCCAGCAAAAAACUGGAAGCUGUACUGAACUGGGCGAUCGCCGACAAUUUUGCGCUGCGCGCAGUUGGCUACACGGACACUCAGGGUGGUUACAUUGAUAGCGUAGCGGGCACUCGUGAUGUUAGCGAGAGUGCACGUUUCCGUACCGCAGACACCGUUCGCGACAACGGCGAGCUUGUUGGCGGCCGUGCAGGCUUUCAAGCCGGCGCAGAUCUGAGUGAUGUCACUUUCCUCGAGGCCAACUCAAGCGUAAAGGACAACAUCAACGAAACAAAAUACCAGGGCGGGCGUUUAAGUGCGUUGUGGGACAUCAACGAAAACUGGACUGCCAGUGCAUCGGUGAUGCAACAGGCACUGGAUUCGGACGGGGUGUUCUUUGCAGACCCUGAUCUAGGCGACAUGGAAAUCCAGCGUUUCUCCGAUGAUAAAAUCGAAGAUGAAUUUACCAACACCAACUGGACCAUUGAAGGUCGCGUUGGUGCAUUGGAAGUGCUUUAUACCGGCGCUUUCACAGAUCGCGACACCGAUCAGACCGUCGACUACACCGACUACCUGUUUGUUGGCCAGUAUCUGCCUUACUACAUCUGUGAUGGUUCCGUCAGCUACCCAGGUGCUGCGGCACCCAGCGGUGUGUGUCAGGCACCUGAUCUGUUUGUUAAUUCAAGCACCGAAACAGAAGUCUGGUCUCACGAGAUUCGCAUUGUCACACCGAUUGAACACCCUGUUCGAUUUACAGGCGGGCUUUUUUACAGCGACCUGGAACUUACCGAGCUAAACGAUUUCACCUACCCUGGCUCUGUCGCCGCAGCCCCGUUUGGACCAUUUGCACCAAACUUCGCGUUUGAUACCGGCUAUCGCUCGGAAACUGGCGCAUUCCCGGCAGGCGUCAUAUUUCGUAACGACGUAAGAAGAACCGACGAGCAGAAAGGCGCCUUCGGUGAGGUCACCUGGGACAUCAACGAAUCCUGGGCAAUUACAGCAGGCGCGCGUUGGUAUGACAUCGAAGUGGACUUCGACGGCAGCGCCAACAGCUCUUUCUGUAACUCUGGUGCCGCCGAGGAUGCAAAUGCCUUUGGUACGGACAUCAGCGACCUGUACAACGGCGACGGAGAGUUCACCUUUCGUGGCAGCUGUGAUGCGGCGCAACGGAUUACCUACACACGAGACGAUAUCGACGAUCCAGCCACACCAGCAGCCGUAGUUGGCGCAUUACGUGCGCCCGAUGCGGCAGAGACAGAUGGCGUGAUUGGUAAGUUGAGUUUGAGCUGGACACCUAACGACAACACCCUGUUGUACGCAACCUGGUCUGAAGGUUUUCGUCCGGGUCUGUUGAACCGACCUGGUGGCGCUCCAGGGCCCAAUGGAUUUACGGUUCCUUUUGCACUGGAUACAGAUGAUGUUGUCAACUGGGAAGCGGGCUGGAAGCUCGAUCUGUUCGAUCGCACCGUGCGACUGAACGGCAGCUUUUUCUACAUCGAAAUUGAAAAUCUGCAGACAACCAUCUUUGACACAAGCAUUACUAAUCUGUUUUUCUCAGACAAUGCAGCGGAUGCAGAAAUCUUAGGUGUUGAAGGGGACUUUCUCUGGGCUGCAACUGAUGCCCUGACCGUUAGUGGUGCUUUCUCGAUUCUGGAUACAGAAAUCACAAAAGUCAUCACGCCAACAAAUGACGUACGUAAGGGAGAUGAACUUGCCUAUGCUCCGGAGUUCCAGGCCAAUAUUCGCGCUCGAUAUAACUGGUACCUGGAUUCAGGGGUGACAAUGCACGUUAUGCCUCACCUGUCUUAUUCAUCAUCUGCACAAAGUGAUGUGAUUGUGAUCAAUAACUCUGAGGUGGACAGCUGGCUGCUGGCCGGCAUCACCAUGGGUCUGAGCAAAGACGCCUGGUCUGCUGAGCUGUUUGUCGACAAUCUGUUUGAUGAAGAAGCGGAACUGUCACGCAGCUUUGUCUUCGACCGCGAGCGUGUAUCUUACGCCCGUCCGCAGACGGCCAUCACACGAGUGGCAGAAAACAGCGGACAAGCUGAUAACCACCUGGCUCAGGUCAGGCAGAAGAUCAGCAGCGGCGAGUUUUCUGCAGCAUUAGAAGACCUGGAUACGAUCCUGCGGCAAUCGCCGCAGGAUACCGAAGCCCUCUACAUGCGUUGCGUUACGCAACGAUACAUCGGCGAUCUGCACGGCGCUCUGGCGACCAUAGAACAACUCAAAACACUCUCCCCUUCUUACAGCCGCGCGCACCAGGAAGAGGGACACGUACGGCGCGCCCUGCAGGAAUGGGAUGCGGCCCUGAACGCCUACACGCGUGCUUUGCAGCUCAAUCCGGCACUCGAAGCAAGCCUGCGGGCACAACUGGCUAUCCUCACUGAACAGGGUAGAGAACGUUCUGCUAUUCGCGUCCAGACGCAACUCGCAACACUGCUGAAGUUACCGCAGCCACUGCGCGUCGCCAAAGAACUAACCGCUCAAAAUAAGCUGCUGAAAGCAGAAGAGGUCUGCCGGGCUUUUCUACAACAGAAUCCUCGCAACGUUGAUGGUAUGCGUGAACUGGCAGAUAUCGGCACGCGUUUAGGGGUUCUGGAAGACGCGGAAUUCCUGCUUGAGAGUGCAGUUGCUUUCGAGCCGGAUUACACCCCUGCGCGCAUGGACUAUGUACAGAUUCUGCGCAAACGUCAGAAGUUUGCCGCCGCCCUUGAGCAAGCCCAGAUACUUCUGAAGUCAGACCCGCAAAACCCUCAAUUUCGUUCGCUGUGCGCCAUUGAAUAUAUGCAGACAGGCGAGUUCGACACGGCGCUUAACUAUUUUGAUGAAGUGCUGCAGCAGGUGCCUUUUGAUGCCGCCACUUUGACGACCAAGGGCCAUGCAUUAAAAACCUGUGGUCGCAGCGGCGAAGCGGUUGAAGCCUAUCGCGCAGUUCUGCAGCACAAUCCAGCACAUGGCGAAGCCUACUAUUCACUGGCAAACCUUAAAACUUACCGCUUCACUGAAGACGAACUCAAGCUGAUGCACCUGCAGGCGCAGAACAGCAACAUGGGUUAUAUGGAUCGAAUCUACCUGAAUUUUGCGCUGGGCAAGGCUUAUGAAGACCAGCAGGCUUUCGAAACUGCAUUUGAACACUAUGCUCGCGGCAACCAGCUGAAAAAAGCACAAAGCCGUUAUGAUGCAGAACAUAUGAGCGAAGAAAUCGACAAAACAAUACAGAUCUGCUCACGAGACCUUUUCCGCCAGCACCAGGGGCACGGCUCUCCAGCCCCGGAUCCUAUCUUCAUUCUCGGCUUACCCCGCGCCGGUUCGACGCUUCUGGAACAGGUGUUAUCGUCCCAUAGCCAGAUUGACGGCACCCUUGAACUGCCUAACAUACUGUCUCUGUCGCAACGAUUGCGACGACGUAAAAGUGCCAAUCACAGCGGUUAUCCUGAAGUGCUCGCAGACCUCACCGCCGAUGAACUUCAUGCGUUCGGCGAGCAGUAUAUUGAAGAUACGCGUAUCCAUCGUGAGGGCGCGCCAUUUUUCAUCGAUAAAAUGCCCAAUAAUUUCCGCCAUAUCGGACUGAUCAAACUGAUCCUGCCUGAAGCAAAAAUUAUAGAUGCACGCCGCAGUGCGAUGGGGUGUUGCUUCAGCGGUUUCAAGCAGCUGUUUGCUGAAGGGCAGGAGUUUUCAUAUGACCUGCAGGACAUCGGUCAGUAUUACAAAGACUAUGUCAGGCUGAUGCAGCAUUGGGACGAAGUUUUACCGGGUGAAGUGCUACGCGUAAAUCAUGAAGAUGUUGUAGACAAUCUUGAGCGCGAAGUUCGGCGUAUGCUGGAGUUUUGCGGCCUUGAAUUUGAAUCCAGCUGUUUGACUUACUAUGAAACCCAGAGGAAUGUGCGCACACCCAGUUCGGAACAGGUGCGGCAGCCGAUAUUUCGAGACAGUGUCGAACAGUGGCAACACUUUGAACCCUGGCUUGACCGCCUGAAGUCCUCACUUGGCACGGAACUGCUCAGCUGA